AUGAUACGUGACCACAUCACGCCGGGCAGCAGCGUAACGCGGGUGCACUCAAGGCUGGUGCUCCUGUGGCAGAACAGCGUCGAGGCCGACCUCUAUUGCACGGACGAACUCACGGCUUUGCAGGCUAAAGCGAACGGGCUGUUGGAGGUCACGGCCCUGAUGAGCGGCGACAUCACCCGUCGCAACAUCCCCGGGAACACCUUCCGCCGCGCCAUUGCCCGGCUCAUGUCGAAGGGGGCCGCCGCAGGCCUCGUCUCACGGGGCGAGCGAGAGGUCGACAGCGACACAGGGGACGCCGAACACGUCGACGACGCCGGGCGCGCCGCCGCCGCCUUGCCGACCAACCUGCCCCGCCUCCAGUCCGUCGGCGAGCUGUCGCGCGUUUCGGAGGAAGACUCGACUCGCACCCGAUGGAGCAAGAGCCCCUGCAGACGUGGUUUGUUUGCCAGCGGCGUCAGCAGGGACCUGGAGACCGUUGGGGGUGGCGGAGACCUUGGUCGCGAGAACAGCAUCGGUGACGAUGUUCCGCGGUCCGCGAGCGACGCCGCCGCGGACACGAGUAAAGCCGGGAGGCACCGUCAGCACGGAGGCGGCGGCGGCGGCGGCGGCGACGGCGGCGGGAACAGCGGAGGGUAG